CUCGACUCUAGCUUGUGGCUUUGUGCGGGAAAGAGUGCACAACUGCAAGUACUGCAGAGCAGAGAGUGAGGAAGAGCAAGUGGUAACCAUGUCUGGUGCAGUCUCGUAUGUCAAGGACAACUUUAUGUCCGUCGCGCUCUUGAUGAUGGCCGGCUCGUCGGGCCUCAUGAUCCUGGGCUCUUUCCUCUCGUUCUGGAAUGCGUCUCAGGCGGGUGGAACGGUGCUGUUCCAGUUGGCGUGGCUGGUGUGGGCGGGCGGGGCCGGCAUGUUUGCGGGCGAGGCGAUCAAGGCGUGCGGGGCAAAGACGCCGCGUGUGCCGCUGUUCAAAGAUCGGCAGGUCAUUGCGUCGGUCUGCCUUGUUGUUGGUGCCGUCUUUUACAUCUUUGGCUGCUUCUUCUACUACUCGCACUCGUCGCGGAUGGGUGGUGUGGGGAUUUUCUUCACCGCCUCGUGGUUCCUCGUUGCAGGCGGCUUUACCCUCGUCUACGACUCGAUCAAGGUCAACGAGGGCGCACUGGUUCUCGAGGACCGGCUCACGAUGGGUGCGCUCCUCUUUGCGGUCGCUAGCUUCUUCCUCUGGCUCGGCUCGAUCUUCCUCAUGAAGUCGUCGUCGCACCAGGCCGGCGUUGCCUCGUACCUCGUCGCCUCGAUCAUUUACACCAUUGGCUCGACCAUGUUCUACCUCGAGGUCUCCAACGCGUCGUACUCGGACGCCGAGGGCGCCCACCGCCCGCUCUCGGCUGGCUCGGCCCCGUACUCGAAGCCGUACGCCCGACCAUGGCCGCGCCGCCUGCAGGCGCGGCGUCCCCGGCUUCGCGCCCGGCCGCCUCCCAGCAGCUCGACGAGGAUGACGACCCGUUUCUUUAGCGGCUCUGCAUCCUGCAGUAGGACGCGGCCAUGAGCAGGGCACGUCCUGCCGCAACGAGUAGCCGGCUGCCGCAAGCUAGCCUACAGUUUGCUGAUCGUGGGCACGUGCUGGCGCUGAUGACGGCCGCUGCAUGAGCGGCACACCGGUUCGUCUGUAGUAAAUCUCCACGAGUGACGCGCGA